GUAUUCAAUGUAAUCCCACUUGUCGAUGGUUUUAUUAGGAAAAAAAAAACAAAGAAAACAACUGCGUACAGGCUACAGCUAUACAUGUUUUGCAUACAUUUAUUAAAUUUUUUAGCGGCCCACAAGCAAGUAUGAGUAUUCAUUGCAUUCAUGCAUUAUAAGAGCAUCUAUAUAUGUUUUCACUGGAAGCUGUAGAUACUCAUAGCAAUUUCCCAAUGGCUGAGAGCAACACAACAAAAAGCAAUGACCAAAUAAGUGUUGAAGAUGCACAAGUGGCUGUGGUUAUGGUGCCACUUCCAGCACAAGGCCAUCUCAACCAGCUUCUCCACCUCUCGAGGCUCAUCGCCUCGUAUAAUAUCCCAGUGCACUAUGUUGGAGCAACCACUCAUAUUCGCCAGGCCAAGUUACGUGUCCAUGGUUUCGACCCUGUUACUAUUAGAAACCUACAUUUUCACGAAUUCCCUACACCACCUUUUGAAAAUCCCCCUCCAAAUCCAAAUGCUUCUCAUAAAUUUCCUGACCAUAUACUCCCUUUACUUAAUGCAACAAUCCAUUUCCGCGAGCCGGUGUGCUCUCUUGUAAACCAACUCUUAGGCGCCAAUCAUCGGAGAGUGAUUGUCAUUUAUGAUUCCAUGAUGACUUGGGUGGUACAGGAUGUGCCAGCAAUUCCAAAUGCCGAGUGCUACCGUUUUAAUGGUUUCUCAGCUUUCUAUAUGCUUUCAUCCUAUUGGGAAACCAAAGGAAAACCUUCCCAACCUGAAACUGAGAUAUUUGACGACAUUAUAUCAAGCGAAAACUGCGCUAUCCCAGAGGUAUGGGAAUUGUGGAAUAAACAAGGAGCCCUUGAAGGGAAAAUUUGCUCUGGACAACUUUACAAUUCAUCCAGAGUAAUAGAAGGUUUAUACCUUGAUUUAGUAGCCAAAGAAAUUAAUGGCUUAAACCUAUGGGCUAUUGGUCCAUUCAAUCCGUUAUUUUCUGAGCAAAACAAACAACAUCAAACCCUGUAUUGGCUUGACAAACAAGAAACGAAUUCGGUAAUCUAUGUGUCAUUUGGAUCAACUACUACCUUGUCUAAUGAAGAAAUCGAAGAGCUCGCCAUCGGGUUAGAGAAAAGCAUGCAAAAGUUCAUUUGGGUUCUCAGAGAGGCUGACAAAGGAGAUGUUUUUGCAGGUGAAGAAAGGAGAGCUCGGCUGCCGGAAGGUUAUGAAGAAAGAAUAAAAGGAAGAGGAAUUAUUGUAAGAGAUUGGGCACCUCAGUUGGAAAUUUUGGCACAUCCUUCCACGGGUGGUUUUAUGAGUCAUUGCGGAUGGAAUUCGUGCAUGGAAAGCAUUUCCAUGGGAGUUCCUAUAGCAGCCUGGCCAAUGCAUUCAGAUCAACCAAGGAAUUCUCAGCUGAUAACAAAGGUCCUGAAAACUGGCCUAACCGUGAGGCAUUGGGCACGCCGGGAUGAAUUGGUUGCAUCAGAAAUAGUUGAAAAUGUUGUGAGAACUUUGAUGACUUCACCUGAGGGAGAUGAGAUGAGGAAGAGAGCAUCAGAAUUAAGCAUUGCUGUCAAAAAAUCAGUCAUGGAUGGGGAAGGUUACGGUGCAGAGAUGAAUUCUUUUAUCGCACACAUUACUCGAUAACUUUCUCAUUUAAAUUGACCAAUUGGUUGCACACUUCCAUCUAAUAGAAUAAGUGAUUCAACCUAUGAGACUUUACCAGUACUCUGUUACCAUCUUAGUGGGUUCAGUGUCCACCCUACUGGCACCCCUUUAUGUUGAGGAUAAAAACCUUUCCUUUUGUGAGUUCUUUGUAUUUUCUAAUAUAAAAGUGGAUGUCCUCCCAAAUAAAUAAAAUAUUGGAUGCUGUUUGUGUAUUAUAUUGGAUGCUGUUUGUGUAUUCUUACUUGAACUUUUUGCUUGUGACCUGAAUAACAUAGUUUGU